GCACACGUGAUCGGAAGUAAGCAAGGAAAACGUCAUGUCUUUCUCUGGCGAGCUGUUUGUCUGGUGAUAGCACUGGCUUCGUAUUGGAAAUUAUAUUUUGGGAGUACUUAUCAUGGAAACAUACAAAACGUGUUUGUGCUGUUCGCUCAUCUAAGACGAACCGUUUGCAAGUGAAGUGCGCGAGCGUCAAGAUAGAGUGGGGCAGGUGCACGAGCCAACACGCACAUGCAACGUCUGCAGUGAGCAUUUAGCACUACAUUAUUUAGCUAUAACCUCGAAAGUUUACCAGCUACUUUUUUUAAAAACCGUUAGCAAGUUACCUGGCUAACUACUGCAGUAUAUAACUAUACUGUAGACACAUUUUGUAGUGGUCAUGAAUGAAAACCACUCAUUAAUAUUUUGAGGAGAGGAGUAGGCCUACCCGACACAAUAUUGCAUGUCAGCAACAUGGCAUUCACCAGCCUUUUUUCAAGUCUUCCAAACAAAGAAUUUGACACGACGCCUUGUGAGCCGAUGGAGAGAUUUCAAAGGGAUGAAAGACAACUGGAAACAGUUCAACUGGAGAAGAAGAACGAAAGGGAUGCCCAGUCCAGAAAGUGGCCAUUGCAAAGGGGUCAACAGAGUGGCCCCAGGAAGAGGAAAAAGGGGGACCAACAGGAGCAGUGUGGCCAGGCCAAGAAAAGUAAGCUUCAUAAAUGCCCACCACAAUCCUAUAAAGACUUUGACUCUGUGGCCCGAGACUACAACAUGGUGAAGUGUGAUUUCGAGCAACCAGGCUUUGACUUCAGUAGAGACCUGGACUUCUACAGUGAUAGCAAGGAGGGUGCAUCCCCAGGUCAUGCUACAGAGAAGUCGGGUUGGAAGAACAUGAGGCCCGGAGAAGCCAAGGAUCCUGAUCAGAACAAGGAUGUUCAAGGUGUAAACAAGAAGAAAGGACGGGAGCAGAAGAGGCAGCAAUGGGAGCCUCAGCAGCAGAGACUUGACAACCAGGCCAGAGGCAGAGGGGGAAACUCUGCCAGGAGGGGUGGGGAUUUUACUGGAAUGGGUGGACGCGGAACUAACCAGCCCAGAGACUUCUCCAACAGGGGUGGAGGUGGUUCCAACAGGGGUGGAGGUGGUUCCAACAGGGGUGGAGGUGGUUCCAACAGGGGUGGAGGUGGUUCCAACAGGGGUGGAGGUGGUUCCAACAGGGGUGGAGGUGGUUCCAACAGGGGUCGAGAGUGGAGCAAUAGAGGCCGGGACUGUGACAAGAGGGGCAGUUUUCUCCGAAGAGGUGAUUGGUCAAAGCGAGGCACUGACCGGUCAUGUAGUGGUGGACGACAGUUCCCAGAUGAUGGACGUUUAACACUGGAAACUUUGACAGGAAAGGGGAAGAAGAACAUGACAAAGGAAUUCAAAGACCAAAAUGCUUUGGAGAUUGACGGAAGGUUAAUCUGUCGACAUUUCCUCAGGGGAAAUUGCAUCAAGGGUGAUGACUGCCAGCUAGAACAUGCCCUGGACGUCAACUACUCGAUCAACGAAGUGUGUAAAUUCUACGUCCAGGGAUCCUGUUCGAAAGGAGAGAGCUGCAUAUACAUGCACAAGAGUUUCCCCUGCAAGUUCUUCCAUACUUACGAGAAGUGCUGCCAAGGAGACCAGUGCAGGUUUUCCCAUGAACCCCUGACUGAGCUCACCAAACAGCUACUGGAGGCAGCAUUGAAGAGGGACAAGGACAUUGAGGAACUGGCUAAAAAGGACAAGCCAAUCAGCAUGGAGGAGUCAGUGGUCACAAAGGAGUCGGCGACAGCUGACGAGACAAAGCCUGUCAUUGACAUAUUCCUGAAUCCCCUAAGGCCAAACUUUUACAACAGCUCAUGCCCCUCUGAGCCACAUGCUGAGGAAAGUACCCCCGUGUGUCAGAAUGAAGUGUCAGCUGAGGUUGUGGAGAAGGAAAUUGCCCCUCCUACAGAGUCCAUUCGGUCUCCUGAUCCUCCCCCAAGCUCUCCUGGCUUUAAGGAACCGGUUUCUUAUUCAGUUGAGGCGGUUCUUGGGUCCCAUAGGCCCCUGGAAAAACCCUUCCGCAGCUUCUUGGCAGCCUCUAUCAGCCAGACCUCACAGACCCAACCAGAUCCCCCCACAACUACAUUAGUUCCUCCAGACUCUAUCCACCCUCGUGAUCCACCCCUAAACUCUACAUGCGGCAAGAGAAAUGUUCCUUAUUCAGUCAAAGCUGUGCUUGGAUUCCAGAAGCCUGUAGAAAAACCCUUCUGCAGCCAAUUUUCAGGAUCCAUCAACCAGACCUUCACACCCCCCACACAGAUCCAUUCAGAUCCCCCCAGCACUACAUUCGUUUCUCCAGACCCCAUUAGUUUGUCUUUUCCUCGUCUGAAUAAGAGGCAGGCUUCUUAUUCAGUUGAGGCUUUCUCAACGGCCCAGAAGCCGGUGAAAAAAACCUUUUGCAGUCUCUUUGCAGGACCGAUCAGCCAGACCUCUACUAGACCUCUCAUACAGAACUCUGUUAAUUCUCCCAUCAACACCCCAGGCUGUAAGAGACCAGCUUCUUAUUCAGUUAAGGCUGUUCUAAAGUCCCACCAGCCUGUGGAAAACCCCUCCCGCAGCCUUGUUGCAGGCCCCAUCACCCAGUCCUCUCGCCACUCUGAUAUACAGACCCAACUAGAUCGUCCUAGCACUACAUUAAAUCCUCCAGACUCCAUUAUGCCCCCCGAUCCUCCUUCAGGCUAUAAGAGGCUGGCUUAUUAUUCAGCUAAAGCUGUGCUUGGUUCUCCUAAACCUUUGAAACCAUCCUUUAGCAGCCUCUUUGCAGGCCCCAUCAGCCAGACCUCUCCCCAACCUCCCACUCAGACCCAAGCAGAUUCCUCUAGCGCUACAUUUGGUCCUUCAGAUUCUGCUCCUCCUGCAGGCUGUAAAAGGCCGGCUUCGUGUUAUGUUACGGCUGUGCUUGAGCCCUAUAAGCCUGUGGAAAACCCCUUCCGCAGCCGUUUUGCAGGAACCAUCAGCCAGACCACUCCCGACCCUCCCUCACAGUCCCUAAACUCCCCAGGUUGUAAGGCACCAGCUUCUAAAAAGCCCAUGGAAAAACCCUUCCGUAGCUUCUUUGCAGGCCCCAUCAGCCAGACACCCACUAACCACCCUCCCAGACAGACCCGACCAAAUCCCCCCAUCACUGCAUUUGGUCCUCCAGACCCCAUUCGGUCUUCUAAGCCUCUUCCAGUCUGCAAGAGACGGACAUCCUCAGUUGAGGCUGUCAGUGAGACCCAGAAGUCCAUGGAAAAAACAUUUCGUAGCCUCUUUGCCGGCCCCCUCACACAGACCUCAACUGCCGGCCAUCCAACACAGACCCAACCAGAUCCCCCUAGAAAUUUCACUGGUAAAAGACCAGCUUAUCAUUCACUUGAGGCUAUGCUUGAGACUCAGAAGCCAGUGGGAAAACCCUUUCGAAGCCUUUUUGCAGGCCCCAUCAGCCAGACAACCCACCCUGACCCUCCAACACAGACCCGGCCGUAUCCCCCCAUAGUCGAGCCUAAACAGGAGGAGCCUGACCCAACACCAUUCACCGAGCCGUCCACAACCCAUUCUGUUCUGAGGACCCUCUUCCUACGCCUGAGCCCAUGCCGCCAGGAGGGGGAGCAGGAAAUCAGUAACUGCUGCAAAGAUCCAGGAGGCGAUGGCCUGUGUUCCAGUGAAGAUGAAAUCACCAGAGGAUCUACUUCCACAGGAGAGCAGAGCCAGAAGGUUGAUGAGCUGGAGAGUGAGCGAGAGGAGCCAGAGGAGUGCGUUCUGAGAGAUGAGCUGUUGGUAAUUCCAUUAGAACCGUUAGUGCCUUACGUGCCACUUGGUGACCCUCGCCACCAUCGCCAGGCUGAUAUCACCCUGCCACGGUCCACCUUCGCCCAGGACGUGGUGUGGUCCUUUGAAGACCUUGCCCCUCUUCCUCCCCUCUCACUCCAUCACCAGCCGUCUGUCCCUCUGGCCUCCUGCUCUUCUGAGAGAACAGCAGGUCCUGCUGUUGGACUGUCAGGUCCUGCUGUUGGACUGUCAGGUCCUGCUGUUGGACUGUCAGGUCCUGCUGUUGGACUGUCAGGUCCUGCUGUUGGACUGUCAGGUCCUGCUGUUGGACUGUCAGGUCCUGCUGUUGGACUGUCAGGUCCUGCUGUUGGACUGUCAGGUCCUGCUGUUGGACUGUCAGGUCCUGCUGUUGGACUGUCAGGUCCUGCUGUUGGACUGUCAGGUCCUGCUGUUGGACUCAGGCCACAGACAUCCUCACAGGACUCCAACUCUCAGGAGGCUGCAGGAGAGCUUCUCAUUCCCUCCAGGAAUUCAGAUAGGAGACAGGUCCAGGUGGGUACCCCCGGCGUUCACAACCUACCAAUCCAAGCGAUGGUAUGGAUCACUCGACGUAACACUGAUGUACAACCAAAGAGACUGUCUGGACAAAUGAGGUGCAAAAGUGGCAACGUGGGUGACACAAAAACACUGAAAGACCUUUUUAAGACUUUUGACCCUACAUCAUCUCCCUUCGGACAGUAACUGCAUUUGGACUAUGGCUCAUAUUGUAUGCACUGUCGGUCAAUGGACUACGCACCUAAAGACUUGCACAAAAACUUGUCCUUCAUAUGAAUGCUUUUGCUCUAGUGUAUUUUCCUGCUAACAGAUCAGAACAGCAAUUCAUUGCAAAAAUGAUUGUGUAAAAUGCAGGACACCAAUUAUGCGCACACACACAAAACCCUCCUUAACUCCAUUUGAUAAAAAGUGUUACUCCCAUUGAUAUCUUUACUUAGCAACAGCUAAUGUUACUGUUGAAUUGUCAGCCUAGUCUGUCUCGGUGUGAAUUGUUUUGGGAUUUUCUUAGAUGAGGCAUGUUGUUUUUACAGAAUAAAUCAUCAAUCAUGUACAUUUUUAAGGUAAAAAAAACUAAUUACAUUUUAUUUAAUUUUUAUUAAAGGAGAAAGUAACCUAUUUGUAACAAUUAUCCAGUAAACUAGUAACAACUAACCGUUGCCCUCUUCCUCCAUUCCUGCUGACUACAUGUCCUUUUAUUUGAUGAGUGAACAAUGGGUUAUUACUCAAUCAACUGAUUCUUAUUCCCGUUGUGGAAAAUGUCAUUAUUUAAACUAAUGCCGCACCAGUUCUGCUCUGCAUGUAGUGCUUCUCUUUUCUUAUAGUUAGGUACAGUGCUGUGAAAAAGUAUUUGCCAACCCGUUCCUCUACUUUUGCUUUUUUUUUAUAUGCUGAAUGUUUUCAGAUCUUCAACCAAAACCUAAUAUUAGAUAAAGGGAACCUGAGUUAAUAAAUAACAGAAUUACACCUUAUUUCAUAAACAAAGUUAUGCAACA